UCUCUCCCUGGAAACUCUCUUUUCAAUUUUUUCCUCUCUUUUUCUUCCUCUACUAGUUCUCGGCCGAUCACCUUUCUCGCACUUUCUCUCCCGAUUUUCUCUCCUUUCAAAAUCACUCCGCUUCUUCCCCUCUCCGAUCGCCGGAGAUUGCUUCCUCCUCUCUACCGAUCUCUCCUCCCUCCGCCUCUCACUUGUUCCAACUGGUACGUAUCGCCGAUUACUUCACUUACUGCUCGUGUUUUUCCUUUUCCCCUCUACAUUGGCGUUUCAGCGAGGUAGUCGUAUCCUGUACUUUUUCUGUGUGCAUAAAUGCCAGUUGCGAAACUCAAAGGGGCCAACGCUACAGAUGUGAUGAAAUCAGAAGAGGGGAAUGAUUCCCUCGACACGUUUAUCAGGCAAGCAAUGGGGAAGGAGCCUCUACUUUCCUUCCCAAGGACUAACGACAGCCCCGUACAGUGGAUCCAACUGCUUCAAGCUCUAGACCAGCAAGAUGGACCUGGGUGGCCUUUACUGACUCCUUUGAAGGUUCAGAUGCAAAAAUGUGACAAGUGUUCACGGGAGUUUUGUUCCUCCAUAAACUAUAGGAGGCACAUACGUGUUCACCAUCGACUGAAAAAGCUUGACAAGGAUACCACAAAAAACAGGAAUCUGUUAGGAGCCUUUUGGGAAAAGCUCUCUGAAGAUGAAGCAAAGGAGAUUUUGUCAUUCAAGGAUGUGGCGCUGGAGGAAGUGUCGGGAUCUUCAAUUAUAAAGUCAUUGAUGGCUCUUAACCGGAAACAGGGGUUUUCUCCCCUUCCACAGUACUGUUUGAGGGCUGGUACUGCUCUUCUGGAUAUUAUCCAAGGGAGAUUUAGGUAUCCUUUAUCUUCAGAGGAACUGUUUAGUAUUCUCGAUGAUGCCAGUGAAAAGACAUUUCUGUGUGGAGCAGCAAUCUCAAUGCAGAAGUAUAUUUUUGAUGGGGAAGCCGCUAAAACUGGUCUCGAGACAAAGAACAUAGUUGCAUGCACCAGCUUCUUGGUGGAACAGAAACUGAUUAAGGCAUGGGUUGCAGAUAAGGAUGCGGAAGCUCUGAGGUGCCAGAAAUUGCUUGUGGAGGAGGAAGAAGCUGCCCAGAGAAGGCAAGCUGAACUUGUGGAACGGAAAAGGCAGAAGAAGCUCAGGCAGAAAGAACAGAGAGCUAAGGAGCAGAGGCUGGAGGAGAAACCUGACAUCGAGGAGCACAGUGAUGAGACCAUGGAGGAGCCCCCAGCUGAACUACCCUGUUCAACUGCAUGCAGUUCUAAUUCACACGACGUCGAAAUUCAGCCAGAUCCCUUUUCAUCAUCUUCUGAACCUCUCCAACUCACAUAUCAAGAUGAAGAGUUGUUGGAUUUGGAGAAUCAGAUUCUAUACGAUACUGGAGCUGCUGGUGAUCCAUGCAGAGAUUAUUUUGUCGAACGGCACACGACAGUACCGGGAUGCAACCGUAGUAGGCACGUAGGUCGGUGGCACGUGCCUCCAAAAUCCCAGUGGAAUCAUAUUACUAACGGUUAUCACGGAACUUACAGGGAUCCGAAACAAGCGGCAAUGGUUAACGGGAACAGAAAGUGGAGCAGGAAAGCUAGAGUAGAAUAUGCCACCGGGGAGACCUUGAAACCCAGAGUUGAUAGGGAAGCAGCAAUGACAAGCCAGCAGCCAGAUCAUCAUGCCAAGAAACGCGAAGUUCUUAUUGGCUCUAUCUCUGUUGCACUUGGGAAUUCUAGCCAACAGGAUGGUCAAGCAGACCAGCAGCAGCAAGUUCCGAGGAAGAGCAAUAAUAAUGUUCAGGACAAACACUCGAAUCGUUCAACAGUGAAGCAGCAGUGGAGGCCUGUUAGCCGAAAUGGCACCAAAGGCCAACCACAAGAUGAAAGUGGCUCUAGAGAAUCCCCAGAUGGAAGUCUACCUCCUGGGAGGUCUCAAUUCUCAUGCCAGGCGGCUAAAGCUUUUCUUGCAGAGAGGUGGAAGGAGGCAAUGGCAGCGGAGCAUGUGAAAUUGGUUCUCGCACCUGAACCAUUCAAAGCCGGUAAGGGUGUUCAACAAAAUGGCUGUGCUGUUACAGCUGAGUCGUCAGAUGUUCGUAGAGGUAUAGAGCUUGGUACCAGAGGAUCGGAGGAGGAUAUGAUGGUCGAUGGAGGUGCUGGUUUGAAGGGCAAGUUCAGAGCAAAACCUGAGAAAGGGGUGAAGCUAAAGUACAUACCGAAACAAAGAACGUUGAGCUAAUAAACCAAAGAAGAGGGAAGGAAGGAGGAGCAAAAUUCAUUUCUCUUUUCAUCUUUUCGGGGGGUUUUCUCAUACAAACGUGCACAGAUUUUGAUUUUGUCAUUUUACUACAUUCUUAGCAGAGGGUUCCAGUUUUACAGCCAUGGUCUUCUGUCAGGACAAAAAAAAUGAUAGACAAGAACGAGAAAACGAGAGUGAUCUGAAAAAAAGGGUUUUUGCCAGGAGUCCUUUUUCAGUUUCGUCCUUUUUUUACCAGUGGCUUUAGCAACAGCUGGAGGUUUUGGUUGGUAUUAAUUUACUUAGCAGAGGCAGAGCAGUUUAUAGUGUUAUUUUCCCUUCUUUUUUUAUGGUACGGUAUUCUCCAUUUUUGGUUAAAUUUUUUGGGGGUUGGGGUCUCUCAUUGAUUCAGUCUCUCGAUUGUUUUACCUGUACUAAUAAGGUUUAGUGUCUCUUACUUGUAGGUCUUGUUGACAUACACGAUACAUAUAUUCUGGCAGAGUUCUUCCUUUCCUGCCUUCCCAUUCUCCUACCUCGUCACAGACUCACAGUGUUGAUAUUAUGCGUUAUUUGGAUGAGAUUUUUGAAUGAGAUAAAGUAGUUAAUGAC